UCAGUUGAGAGACAGAGAGAGAAAGCGUGUCUCUAACUUAACCAUGGUAAAAGAAUUUAGUUGGGGGUUAGACUUUGGGUUUGUGUUAGGGUCUGAAGAAGACUCCAGCUUUGGCGACUCCGAUCCCUCUCUCUCCGAUCCAUUCUUGUUAUCAGCUCAACUCAAAUUUUCUCCGAUCCUCUCACAGAUCCUUCUCUCUAUUUAUCUCUUGUUGUAUACAGGGAUUCUGAAUUGGGGUUUGAUCAUAAACAGCAUGAAUUAUCUUAUUGGAGCUUUCAAGCCGGCUUGUAACAUUUCAAUAACAUUUUCUGAUGGGAAAACUCGCAAGCAGGUACCAUUGAAGAAGGAAAAUGGUCAAACAGUAAUGGUCCCACUCUUUCAAAGUCAAGAAAACAUUGCUGGGAAGAUAUCUGUGGAACCAGUUCAAGGAAAAAAGAUUGAACACAAUGGGAUUAAAAUCGAGCUCCUUGGUCAGAUAGAAAUGUAUUUCGACAGAGGCAACUUCUAUGACUUUACCUCCCUUGUUCGUGAACUGGACGUUCCUGGUGAAGUAUAUGAAAGGAAAACAUAUCCAUUUGAAUUUUCUACUGUUGAAAUGCCAUACGAGACAUACAAUGGUGUCACUGUGCGGCUUAGGUAUGUCCUGAAAGUGACAAUCAGUCGUGGGUAUGCUGGCAGCAUUGUGGAAUACCAAGAUUUUAUGGUUCGCAAUUAUAACCCAGCUCCAUCAAUUAACAACAGUAUUAAGAUGGAAGUUGGAAUUGAAGAUUGCCUUCACAUUGAGUUCGAGUACAAUAAAAGCAAGUAUCAUCUUAAAGAUGUUAUCAUAGGCAAGAUAUAUUUUCUUCUUGUAAGAAUCAAGAUUAAAAAUAUGGAUCUUGAGAUCAGGCGUAGAGAAUCAACAGGUUCAGGGGCCAACACUCAUGUUGAAACAGAGACACUUGCAAAGUUUGAGUUGAUGGAUGGUGCUCCUGUCAGAGGUGAAUCAAUUCCAAUUAGACUGUUCCUUAGCCCUUACGAACUGACGCCAACACAUCGCAACAUCAACAACAAAUUCAGCGUUAAAUAUUAUUUGAACCUUGUACUUGUUGAUGAAGAGGAUCGUCGGUAUUUUAAGCAGCAAGAAAUCACAAUAUAUCGCCUUGCAGAAACUUCCUAAUCCAUGUUGGUGUGAAAUUGGCAUUCUAUCCAAGGGAAAAAAGAAUGGAAGUUUAAUCGCCUUGUGAAACAAUAUCAAGUGUUGACAUCUUAGGUCAUCUCACCAGAUCUAGAAUCCUGUUUCUUGAGAAGGGUUUCGAUGAGAUUGUAUUUGUUAGUGAAUCCCACCUUUUAUACGGACAUUGUAGCAAAUGUAUAGACAAGAAAUUAUGCACAUCGGCUUUGUAAGGAGAUAUCUUUGGUUGAUGUUCUGAUACCAUUUUGAACAGUUUUCUAGCAUUUGAUAGAAUCAAUAAUUGUUGUCUUGUUUGGCCAUUCUAUAUAUGUGGUGUCGACAUACCAUCCUAUGUCGAUUGUUUUUCUUUGUGCUUUGUUCUGUAUUCUGCUUGAGUCCUCUGGAAUAUUUAUAUUUAAGAUCCAUUUUGGAAUGUUUUUCAUUUUGCAGCA